AUGCUUUGGACCAUUCUGCUUCUUGGGUACUUUCUGGUGAAAGUUAUGGAAAGCAACGCGGAGGGUGAGCCGGGUCAGACCGCAGACGACUUCAUGCUGGUGACCGGGUUUAACGACUCAAAGGAUGGGGAGAGUGGGGUCACGGAGAGCCCACAUGUGGAGGACAAGUGCCGAGGAUACUACGAUGUGAUGGGCCAGUGGGACCCACCGUUCGUGUGCAGGACGGGCAGCUACCUGUACUGCUGCGGCACCUGUGGCUUCAGGUUCUGCUGCGCGUUUAAAAGCUCCCGACUGGACCAGACCACCUGUAAGAACUACGACACCCCGCCGUGGAUGAUGACAGGGAGACCGCCUCCGAAAGUGGACGUGUCGCUGGACGCCACCAAGGAUAAAACUAACCUCAUUGUGUAUGUGAUAUGCGGGGUCGUGGCCAUACUGGCACUUAUAGGGAUUUUUACCAAGCUGGGUUUGGAAAAGACGCACCGUCCGCACCGAGAAAACAUGUCCAGAGCUCUUGCACAUGUUAUCCGCCAUCCUGCCUCAGAACAUACGGACGACAUUGGACUUGGCCCGCACUAUGAGAACAUACAGACCAGACUCACAGUUAACAGUCUCCAUAGCAACCAGAUGAACAACGUGGCUCAGGCAUCAACGUUGAUAACACAGCUUUACCCGGCUGUGGGACACAUUCACAGCCCCUAUGAACAGAAGCCUGUCAAGGAUCUCAACCAGUACGCCACGCUGAAGGCUGUGGCAGAGAAAGCUAAUAACAGCUUCUACAGCAACCGGCGGCAAGUGAUGGAGAUGACAACCAAGGGCAGCCUUCCCAUGGAAGCUGUGGAUAUGGAGCCAGAGCCGAGUAAUCCUUACAGCCCACCCAGACAGGUGUCUGCAAAGCAGAAUGGACACAAGUACAAAAGCCCCAAGAGCCACAGCUCCCAGUCACAUUCCUACUGCUCCUCCUCUUCUGCCAGCCCUGGGGGGCUAAGAUCCUGGGAGAGCAGGGACAUGCUGGGGCUUCGACAGAGCUAUGGCCCAAAGAAACUCUGCAUCAUAGAGAAGGAGCUGCAUACCACUCGCUACAUGCCUCCACAACCAUACUUUGUUACCAACAGCAAGACAGAAGUGACAGUAUGA